UUUUAGUUUUCAUUUUGUAUGAGACGCACACAAACAAAGGCUUUUUGUUAUUAUCAUCAAAAUAGCAACAUUAAUGCCAUUUGUUGAUGACGACAAACGCGAUCCAAGUGUCAUUUAUAGUAUGAGAAUUGCCACAAAUCGUCAGCAAGUGCAAAAGCGGCCGAGCAGCUCGAUAAUCCGCCAAUUUCCAGAGCAGUUGUCGCCAACGCUCUAAACAACAACAAAAAAAAGGCGCGAAUUAAAUAAAUAAUUUGAUUGCUUCAAACAUGUCACAGCAUAGCAAAUUCACCAGCUGCAGCAGCAGCAGCAACAAUAAUCAUAGCAAGCAUAAAGACAUCAAGAGUUUGUUACCCAAUUUCAAUGAGUUCAUCGAUGGUAAAGAUUCCCUGGAUGAUUUGGGCGCCUUCGUGUCCAAUGCGGUGCAAUUCAUUGCCAUGUGCCCCAAUGCCUUCAACAAACAGUUUCCUAAAUCGGAGAACGAAUGUCUGCAAAAGAUUAUGCAGGCAUUGAAUGCGAGGUCAACUGGUGGUCAACAGCAGCCUGGUCAGAUCUUUUAUGAGCAAUACAACGACGCCACCGAAUCAAUUAAUGAGCAGCGUGUCCGAGACAUGUUGGCCAAUCUGCUGCUGUGCAGCCUGCAAGAUGACUCACAGCUGCAGCUGCUGCUGGGCGAUGGCUCACUGUUGCCCCCACCGCACAGCAACAAAUCCUCACUGCAAUCCUCAAGCCAACACAAUGGCAAUGGAAAUGGUCUUAGAAAUGGCAACUCAAAUGGCAACAGCAGCGGCAACACCAUCAGCUAUGAUCCAACACAAGCGAGCGUGGCCUUGGGCCAACAGUCGAUACCCAACUAUAUGCUGGAGCUGGCGAAGCAGCAGAAUAUCGAUGUGGGCGAUGAUAUUGUGCAGAAUGCCAUCUACUCGUUCAUCGGGGUGCAGGGCAAGUAUCUGAAGAAGGAUGUGGUCACGGGACGCUUCAAACUGGAUGCCGCACAUGUCAAACAACUGUCGAGUGGCCAAAGUAGCCUGCUAUUGCGUCUCGCCGAGCUCGGUUACUAUCACGAUCAGGUAAAAAAGUACUCGAACAGCUCGACGGGCUACAAUGCCAUGGGCAGCAUGGGUUACGCCUUUAUGUCCAGGCUGAAGCAGGAGCUGAAUGAUUAUCAUGGUCAGGUGGCGCAGCUGUUGGAUGUGGUGAAGCGGCAUCGCCUUGGCCAGCUUACAGACUAUGCGAACAGUGAUUUGGAUUGGUUGCAGCAGCGUCAGCAGGCACCGCUGACACUGAUGAAGCUGAUCACCUGGUAUAUGCGUCCAUUGCAGCGCAUGCAAUGGCUGACCAAGAUCUCGAAUGCGUGUCAGUUGCGCAAGGGCGGCGAACUUGCCUCUGUCGUCUAUGGCUUCCUGAACAAUGGCAAUCCCAUGUUGGAUAAGCUGGCCAAUGAUCUGUUGAGUGUUUGCUGUGUGCCGCUCGUGCACAUGAUCUCCAAGUGGAUGCUUGAGGGUGGCAUCGAGGAUAACCAUGGUGAGUUCUUUGUGGAAUCACUGGCCGAUGUGGGAGCCGAUCGUUUGUGGCACGACAAGUUUCGCCUGCGCUUGAGCAUGAUUCCCAGCUUCAUCUCGCACGAGUUGGCCGACAAAAUACUGAAGACGGGCAAGUGCAUUAAUUUUCUGCGCGAAAUCUGCAAGAUCGAUGAGGCUGUCAAGGGGCGCAAGGAGCUGAAGCACAUCAUCGACAAUCAAGUUUCGCACAUCUUUGCCUUCGUCCCGGAUACCACUUGGCAUGCGGCCAUCGAGACGUGCUACGCACAAACAUCGAAACAUGUGCUGGACAUCAUGGUGGGACCGCAUAAGCUGCUCGUGCAUCUGCAGGGAAUGCGUCGCUAUCUACUGCUCGGCCAAGGCGACUUUGCGACCAUCUUCAUCGAGAACAUCAAGGAUGAGCUGGUCAAGCUCGGGUCGGAUAUUUACUCGCAUGAUUUAUCGGCCAUGCUCGAUGCCGCUUUGCGUGGCACAAAUGCCCAAUACGAUGAUCCCGAGAUCCUCAAUCAUUUGGAUGUGGUUGUCAAGACACCGUAUCCGGGUGAUUGCGGCUGGGAUGUGAUCUCGCUGCAGUACACGGUGUGUGGUCCGUUGGCCACGAUGCUCGAGCCAGCGAUGCCCACGUAUAAGACACUCUUUAAACCGUUGUGGCGCAUGAAGUACAUGGAGUUUGUGCUCUCCACCAACAUCUGGAAGGAGCAAAUGGGCAAUGCUAAGGCAUUGCGCGCACUCAACAAUGAAAUUGGCAAAGCCACACACAGAUUGAAUCUGUUUACGGCCGAGAUCAUGCACUUCGUCCACCAGAUGCAAUAUUAUGUGCACUUCGAGGUCAUCGAAUGCAACUGGGUGGAAUUACAAAAGCGAAUGCAAAAGGCAACCGCCUUGGAUGACAUAUUGGAUGCGCAUUCGAAGUUCUUGCAGGCGAUUAGUAUUGGUUGCUUUGUGAAGGAUUCGACGAACAAGGAAAGCCAUCUGGGUGUAGUGUACGAUACGAUCAUCAGUUUGGUGAACAUACAAGCACAGUUCUACGAAGAUUGCUUCACCGAACUGAAUGCCCGCAAGGAAAUGGCCAAAAUCAUUGCCGAAUCGGAGCAAAGCGGUCGUUUUGGUUUGACAACGGUGCAGAAAAUGGAACGUGAUCAGGAGCGUAAAAUCUUCGAGCAAAAGGUCGUGACAUUCUGUCACACACUCGAGGACACAUCGUCGAUAUAUGGCAAGGCGGUGGGUGGCUUUUUGCUGGCCCUCAACUCUAGCACGGAUCCCAAUCUGCAGCUGUUUGGCACACGGCUGGACUUUAACGAGUAUUACAAGAAGCGCGACACAAAUCUCAGCAAACCGUUGACAUUUGAGCACAUGCGCAUGAGCAAUGUGAAUGGCCAUACAAAGAGUCAUUCAACGGGUAAAUAUAGCAUGGCGCCACAAUUAUAGGUUGCCCCGUUUACGUGUCGAAGAACAAACGCUGCUUCCCAGUGCCAACAAUUAGAUGAAGAACAAAACAA